GCUGUAUCCGUGAUUUCCUCAAUUUUCUCCGUCCCCACCACUUCCUUUCCUCUCACAAGCUUCCAUUUUCCGCUAUCAGCGCAGCUCUACUAGCCUACAUUCUACUCUAUUCUAAUCAAGCCCCACCGUCAUCACUCCUUUUUUUGGGCCAGAAAGAGUUCAAAUCCAGUUUCUCAUUUCUUGAGCAAUUUUUGGGACCUGGGUUCCGGAAGUUUGUUGGAAUUGAGGGAUGCUGUGCAGCAGAAAAAUGCUGAAUUUCUUGAUUAGGAAAGAUGUGAGGAAGAUUCUCAAGCGCAAGGACAGUGAUGCUGGUGAAAAGGGAAAAGCUAUGGAAGAGCUGCGGGCUUCUCUGUUUAAUGAGUUGCGGUCAUCUGAAGGUGCAAAGCGUCAGCAGCAACGCAUAUGUGGCCCCAGUGUUGCUCUUACAUUCAAUUUCUUGGUUUCUGUUGGUAUUAUCUUGAUGAACAAAUUGGUGCUUGGUAGAGUUGGAUUCAAUUAUCCCAUUUUUCUCACUUUCAUUCAUUAUACUUUGAGCUGGCUGUUAAUGGCUAUUCUCAAUGCUUUGUCUAUGCUACCUGCGGCUCCUCCCUCAAAGUCGACUCCUUUCUCUUCCUUACUGUCUCUCGGCAUCGUAAUGUCUCUCUCUAACGGCCUUGCUAAUGUUAGCUUAAAGUAUAAUAGUGUGGGUUUUUAUCAGAUGGCUAAGAUAGCUGUAACACCGACAAUCGUACUAGCAGAAUUCAUUUUGUUUGCGAAGAGAGUUUCUUGCCAGAAGGUGCUUGCACUUACUGUUGUAUCCAUUGGUGUUGCUGUGGCCACGGUCACCGAUCUGCAAUUCCACUUCUUUGGUGCUUGUAUAGCAUUGGCAUGGAUAAUACCAAGUGCAGUCAACAAGAUCCUGUGGUCCAAUUUGCAACAGCAGGAGAACUGGACUGCCCUGGCGCUAAUGUGGAAGACAACGCCGAUAACUUUGUUUUUCCUUGUGACGUUGAUGCCUUGGCUUGAUCCCCCAGGCAUCCUCUCUUUUGGUUGGAACUUGAAUAACACAUUGGCAAUUCUCAUGUCAGCUGUCCUUGGCUUCUUGCUUCAGUGGUCAGGUGCUUUAGCACUUGGGGCAACUUCUGCCACAACACAUGUUGUUCUCGGGCAGUUCAAAACAUGUGUCAUUCUUCUGGGUGGUUUCUUUCUCUUUGGUUCUAACCCAGGCACAAUUAGUAUCUGUGGAGCAACCACAGCCCUUGCUGGAAUGUCAGUCUACACGUAUCUCAAUUUGCUCAAACCGCAGCAGUUACCAAACAAAGCAUCUCCCAGACAAAAUUCCUUCACGUUAUCAAAAUCCAAGUUGAGCAAAGAAAACGGCGACACCCAUGAUGGGGACAACAUGGAAACAGUCUAACAGAAGACACACAUCUAACCUGGAGAAAAAAAAAAAAGUUGGGUGACACGAGAUGGCAAUCCUUUUACUAACAUGGGUAUUGUUUCAUUUUAUUUAUUUUUCUCUUACAUUUUCUUGUAGUAUCUCACUGUCUAGAAUGGGAUUCCUAUGGAUGUCAUAUUGUUUGAUAUCCUUUCCCAGAUCAUCGUGAACUUUGAAAAUCUAGUGUUACUUGUCUAUAUAUGGCAAAACCUGUGUGGAAGGCUUGUCUGUAGAUUUGCCAGAGAUUCAAGCAGUGUGUCUAUAUAUUAAACAAUUUUGAGUCCAUUUAUAGGAAUACAAAUUCAUUUUAGCUUAUCUUUCCGUUUAUGGUAAGGAUUCCAUUCUCGAUCAAAAUCUCUUCUACUGAAAUACCCAACUGGAAUAAGGUGUUCCUUUGCCUCCUAUCUUUACUAAUGUGCCUGAUAUUUCAGAAACCAGGAGCCUGUUGAUGAAACUUAGGACACAACAAUGGUGGAUUUCCCGGCUAACAGCAAUGGGAAAACAGCAUGGAGGACCUCACACUGGUAAAUAAAACUCGAAUUUGGUAUCAGUAGAGUGAUUUAUUUGCUUUGAUUUAACAGUUCCUGUUAGCUUAUAUGAGAAAGUUUCAUUAGGAGACAUGAUAGAUGAAAUCAAAAUCAGAGCUUCUGCUGUAACAAUCUCAUCCAAUUUUGCUGGCUGGGAGUUCUGUAAAUAAGAUUAUAUCUCUAUUGCUCGUUA